CAGUUCACUCCAGCCUGGGCAAUAGAGCAAGACCUCGUCUCAAAAAAAAGAUGCUGCUGCAAAAAACACAUUAUUCUACUUUGCAGUGAACUCUCAGUUACCCUCACUUAAUUACCUACACUGGCUGGAUGUUGUUAGGCACUAAAAUAAGGGAAACAGAAUUUAUGAUCACUAUUUUUCUUGUGAAUUGCAUGGAUUUUAUUAAUCUUAUUGUUGUUUGUUUAUAUGUUUGAUGGGGUGGUAGUGGGGCCUGGACAGUAGUGGCCCCUCUUAACCCCUUGUACCCUCAUUACCCCGUGAACAGGACUGGAUCACUGCCAGUUAGCUAUACUCCUUCACUCCCCUGAAAUAAAAUUGGACAUUGCUGUGCAAAUGAAGAGCUCUUCAUUUAUCUCUUAGUCUCCUGGGUUGCCACCUUUUGUUCAUAGUAACGUCUAACUUUCAUGUCUCUCAGUGUGGCGCCAUGUUGACAAGGGCUCGGCAGAAGGGGCUGUGGAUGCCAUGCUGCUGCACGGACAGGAUGUGAUCACUGUGUCCAAUGGAGGCCGAAUCAUGCGUUCCUGGGAGACUAACAUUGGGGGCCUGAACUGGGAGAUAACCUUGGACAGUGGCAGUUUCCAGGCACUUGGGCUGGUUGGCCUGCAGGAGUCUGUAAGGUACAUCGCAGUCCUGAAGAAGACUACGCUUGCCCUCCAUCACCUCUCCAGUGGGCACCUCAAGUGGGUGGAACAUCUCCCAGAAAGGGGAGGACAAACUUGUCCUACAGUCCUCUAUGCAUCAGGAGACUUCACCGGCCCUCCAUCGUGUGGCUUCUGCCGUGUUAUUCAGGGACAUUCUCUCUAUGGGGAGGGCUCCAGUCUGAAGCACUUCCUACCACCAAAUGCCCCCACAUCAAGUGCCUUCUGCAGCACCACACGGUAAGGGGCUUUAUCUCAUUUUGAAAGGCAGUCUUAAGUGUUCC